AUGGUCCCCCCACACAAGGACAACAGGGAGAACAUUUGUCCCAUCUGCCUGGAGCCCCUGAAGGAGCCGGUGAGCACCGACUGCAGACACCACUUUUGCCGUGGGUGCCUGACCCAGCAUGUAGAGAAGGCCUCGGGGUCCGGGAUCCUCAGAUGCCCCGUCUGCAGGAAACCCUGCUCUGAGGGAGUCCUGGGAGAAGAUUACAUCUGCUACAGACACCAGAAGAGGGUACACUCGUUCUGUGAGAUUAGCAAGUGUCUUCUGUGUGUGGACUGCCUCAAAGCCCCUGAGCACCAAUCUCAUCUUGAGCCCACCAUUGAAAAUGCCAUCAGCCACUACAAGGAACGACUUAACCGCAGAAGCAGGAAGCUCAGAAAGGACCUUGGGGACCUCCAGAGACUCAAGGCUCAGAAAGAGGAGAGGCUGCAGGCUCUGCAGGUGGACUGGAGGAGCCACAGGCUGAAGGCUGAGCUGAAGAGCCAGGACCAGACCAAAGGACAGCUGCAGGACCACCCUCAGCAGCAGCUGGACCAGCAGGAGGACCUGCCAGCAGAGGUGGCCAAGAUCCUUGACCUGACUGAGGCAGCCACGCAGUUCAGUGUGCUGGUUGCUGAUGUGGAGAGGAGAGCCAAGGAGCUGGAUGCCGGGACUCUGAAGGAUGCCAGCGACUUACUGAACAGGAGUGCACCAAAGAAAUUAGAAGGACUCCUCUCUCAUCUUCUUCCAACCAGUCCAACCUUCAGUUAG